AUGUCCAGCUCAAGCAUCAAACUUGGAGAUGAUUUUCUUCACGUCCCAAAACUUAUUGUGGACGGAGAAAAUUGGAUGACCUACAAGGAUAGGUUGUUGUGGUCCAUCGAUGCUCGCGGGUUCCUUGGUCACCUAGAGGGUACCGAGAAGAAACCAGUAGACCCCUCAACAUUGUUGGGAAGAGGAGCAUUGUGGACACCAACCACAUCAGAUGAGGUUAGGGAGCUCACACAAAUAGCCGGCACGAGACCUGACUCUCUGUUUAUACAAGUUGAAAACUUGGAAACAGCAGGAGAAAUCUUCAAGUACCUAUCCAAUCUCUUCAAAAAGCAGUCUCGAGUUGUGUCCAUUGAGCUAUUGCAAAAGCUGCAGGACCAGAAAUGCUCUGAGAAGGGCAACAUCCGAGAGCACUUUGACAAACUGCGCGUCAUCAAAGAGUAG